AGAUGAUCGUGAUUAUUUUUUAUUUUCGUAUCAACUACAUCACUAGCAGGGCACUGCGGCGGGGAGCUGGUGGCCAUGGGAUAAAAAUGCUUAGAAUGGAGCGGUUUAGUUUCCCAUUUCCUGUUAUGCAUUUCCUGAUGUAGGACCGAGAAGCUCGCCGUUUAUUUUAAAUAACUAAACGUUUAAUCUUUACGGAAUGGGCGGCGAACUCUCCGUUUUAUUUUUUUUCCUCGGACAGUAUUAAUACGCGAGUUAGGUUAAUAUAUUUGACGGAACACUAAGGGAAUUAUUCAGAAGACUUAGAAACGGAUAACUUAAAACGGGAGUCUGCCUAAAGUCUAAUUAGCUCGAUGGAUACAGUUCUGUUUAGAAAAGGACUAGCUAGUUAGCUUGACUGGCUAACUGGCAUCUAACGGUCGGCCGUCGUUGCUUGGCAGCCGUGUCGCGAGGGCGUAGCGGCGCCGGCUCCGCGUCCUCCGCCAGAUCUGUGAGAGUAGCUCCGCUAACUGGCUAACGGCAGCUAUCUUCACCCCCUCCUUCGUUUCGUGAGGCGCCGCCGAUGGAGGCGUUUGGCUUAAACGUUUAAUUUGCUAGUCUGCUGAAGGCUAAAGGUAAACGCAUCCCCACACGGGUAGCCAAUGCUGUUCUGACAGCCGUUGUCUCGAAUAGCUGACUGGACUGUAAUUUGGUGAAUGCGGUAACCUCCGGCAGUUAAACGCGUAGCAUUAUACCUUGGAUCACGGAUUUGCAUCUUUAAAUUCGGUUCCUGGCUAACAGAUAGUUGGUCACGGUACCGCACAACAUAGCGGUAACCGGUUAGCCGCGGGAGUCUUUAUUUUGAACACUAGCCGGCCAGUGUAACCUUGAACACUUCACUAUGACGAAUAGCUGUAUUCGGGUGUAUGGGACCAAGUUUGCAGGCUAGCCAAUUAGCUGCUUGAUUAUUAGGACGGGUAGCGGAUAGUCUGGAAUUACACUUCAUAUUUAUCGGGAUUAUUUCAGUGUGACAGCACUAUAGCAUGCUAGGUAGUUAGCCCGACCGUCUACGUAACCAGAUCAUUGCUGGAGUUUGGGCACUUGGAGCAGUUCAGUUAGGCUAAAGCUGAGGGCCAGACCAGCUCCCUGGAAUUAAUCUGUAUUUCCUUGUUAAUCGAAGAUUUGCCACACACCGCCAUCAUCUCCAUCGGGUCGGAACAAUGAAGAAGUUCUUCGAUUCUCGCCGGGAGCUGGUGAGCUCUGGACCUGGCUCAGGGGGUGGCGGCGGAGGCGGAGGAUCCAGCGGCGCCGGCGCCAGCUUCAUUGGACGCGCGUUCACGAUCGGCCGCUAUCAAGUCACCGUGGAUGAAACGCUGGCCGAAGGGGGUUUCGCCAUCGUGUUCCUGGUGCGCACUCACCAGGGCAUUCGCUGUGCCCUCAAGAGGAUGUACGUCAACAAUGAGCAUGACCUGCGUGUGUGUCAGCGUGAAAUCCAGAUCAUGCGGGACCUGGCUGGUCACAAGAACAUCGUGGGCUUCCUGGACUCCUGCAUCACAGCAGUGGGAGCCGGAGAUGUAUGGGAGGUCCUCAUCCUCAUGGACUUCUGUCGUGGGGGUCAGGUGGUAAACCUGAUGAACCAGCGGCUUCAGACAGGCUUCACGGAAGCCGAAGUGCUGCAGAUCUUCUGUGAUACGUGCGAGGCUGUGGCCCAGCUGCACCACUGUAAGACGCCCAUCAUCCACCGAGAUCUCAAGGUAGAGAACAUCCUACUCCAUGACAUGGGACACUAUGUGCUGUGUGACUUUGGCAGUGCGACCGAUAGGUUCCAGAACCCUCAGAGUGAGGGCGUGACCUCAGUUGAGGAAGAAAUCAAGAAGUACACGACUUUAUCUUACCGUGCCCCGGAAAUGGUUAACCUCUACAGUGGCAAGGUCAUCACAACCAAAGCAGACAUCUGGGCUAUGGGCUGCCUCCUGUACAAGCUGUGCUUCUUUACCCUGCCCUUUGGUGAGAGCCAGGUGGCCAUCUCAGACGGCAGCUUCACCAUCCCAGACAACUCCCGCUACUCGCAGGACCUGCACUGCCUCAUCCGGUACAUGUUGGAGCCUGAUCCUGAGAAGAGGCCAGACGUCUAUCAGGUGUCCUACUUCGCUUUCCGCCUGGCCCAGAGGGAAUGUCCUGUCCAGAACAUCCAGAAUUCUCCCAUUCCGGCGAAACUUCCAGAGCCUAUCAGAGCCAGUGAGGCCUCAGCCAAGAAGAGCCAGAGCAAGGCCAGACUGACAGACCCCAUUCCCACCACUGAGACCUCAAUCACCCCCCGGCAGCGCCCCAAAGCUGGUCAACCCCAGCCUGGCACAGGAAUCCUGCCCAUCCAGGCUGCCCUAACACCCCGCAAAAGGCCUACUGCCACACCUGGACCAAUUGGUGUGAGUUUAAGCCCCGCCCAAUCAGCAGCUAAUGUCCAAUCACAAAAGGUGCAAAUCCAGAUCACGCCCACUCAACCCAAGACCACACCCACCACCCCCAGAGCUGCUCCACAGCCCCAGGCGGCAGCUUUUUUCACCCCUUCACAGCCCGUUCAACAGCAGCCGCAGCAGCCUCAGCCCAUCCAGGGAGCUGCGCAAACACGAGUGGAACCUCAGCAGACGGUCUGCGCAGCCACGGCUGCUCCACAGAAACAGCCACAGCCCAGCCAGGCUCCGCCUAGAGCCCCACCCCGAGGCUCCCGUCAGAAGCAGGCGGCCGCUGCCGCCCAGCCCACUGUGGCCCCAGCGGCCCCUCCACCUGCACCAGCACCUGUACCAGUACCAGCACCAGCACCAGUACCUGUUCCAGCACCUGCUUCGCCACCUGUGUCAGAUCCCACAUCUGAACCUGUGUCUGCGCCAGAGCAGAUGGCUAACCCCAAGCCGGGCUCGCUGACCCCGCCGUCGUCCCCCAAGCCCGUGUCGCGCGGCGGCCAUCGGCGCAUCCUGAGCGAUGUCACACACAGUGCCGCGUUCGGAGUGCCCGUCAGCCAGUCCACCCAGCUGCUGCAGGCGGCUGCAGCGGAAGCCAGUCUCAGCAAGUCCAAGUCAGCGAGCACCACACCUUCCAGCUCCCCACAUUCCUCCCAGCAGAGCGUGUAUCAGCCCACGGAGCCCAGCGCCCCACCCAGUACCCCUGCUGCCGCUCCCACUCCCGCCACCGACAGCCCCCCAGAGCCGUCCACCUGGAACCCCUUUGGUGACGACAACUUCUCCAAACUCACCGCUGAGGAGUUGCUGAACAAGGACUUUGCUAAGCUGUCGGAUGGUAAACCUGCUGAGGGAUCCAGUGUCCCCACAGAGAACCUGACCCCAGCUCUGCAGCCUGCUGCAUCGGCUCUGCCACCCUGCUCCCCUCUGACCACAGCUGAGCGGCCGCUGGACUCUGUGAGCACGAAUGUGGAUCAGGGGGCAGGAUUGCUGAAUUUGCCGGGAAUGUUUGCUCCACUCGCACUGAACGAUGCCUCAGAGAAGUUGAUUGAAGGACUAAAAUCUCCCGAGCCGACACUCCUGCUCCCUGACCUUUCGCCGCUGGUUGAUCCCUUUGGCAGGGCUGUGGACAGCUUCACUAACGUAGGUGUUGCAGAGACAUGUGAGGUCUCCCUGAUUCCUGGCCUAGAAGCCCCCCAGACCCAGCUCCUCGCUACCAAUCAGGACCCCCCUUCCAAGUUGCCAGACCCCCUGACUGGGGAGGACUCCCUGCUUGGCUGCUCUCUCCUCUCCCACCUACCUGCCUCAGGGUGCCUCACUGCGUCUGCACCGCCUGCCUCCAUUGCCCCUACUUCCUGCUUGGAUGAGUUCAGCUCCUCCCAGGCCUUGCUUCCCACGGACUCCCCUUACCUCAUCUCUGGCUUUGAGCCCCCUGAAAGUGCAGAGAAGGGCACUGAGGACGAGUUUGACCCCAUUCCUGUGCUCGUGCCCAAAAACUCCAGCCAAGGAGCUCAGUCCCGCAGUAACAGCAGUAACAGUGGAGGCUCUGAGUCCAGCCUCCCCAGCCUUGCACGCUCGCUCUUGUUGGUGGACCAGCUCAUCGACCUGUAGGGGCGGGGAAGGGCUGAUUGGGAAUAAUCAGAUAGUUAUGGUGAUGGUGGUACUGCUCAUACAUCAUUUUUGCUUCGGUUUGACCACCCCCAUUUCUAUCUUACCAUUUCGCUUUCCGUCUUUCCAUGUCAUCCCCAUGUCUCUCUUGCUACCUUCAUCUCCUGUCAUUGCUAGCUUCAAAAUUGAAGGCAGUAUGAGCUGUAUUGGCUGAACUAGUUCUCCCUGCUGUUUAGCAGGGAUUGGUCCUGCAGCAACUUUCUCUCUGUCUGUCUGCCUGUCUCUCUCUCUCUCUCUCUCUCUCUCUCUCUCUCUCUCUCUCUCUCUCUCUCUCUCUCUCUCUCUCUCUCUCUCCGUAUUUCUCAUAUAUAUAUAUAUGUGUGUGUGUGUGUGUUUGUACGUAUGUAUAAAAUUUCAUACUGCACCAUAGACACUUUUGUGGUCUCAUAGGAUCUUUGCCUUUUUCCCCUGUAUCAGUGGCUUUCAUUUAAACAUCUGCUGCAGUGCAGUUGACAGUUCCAGUGGGCAGAGUUGGAUUUCAUUUAGUUUGUUCUGUGAGUGGUUUGUUCUGUAGACCUCCCAAGAGGCAGUAUUGCUCCAGCACAUCUCCGCUUAUAUCUCUGUAUUUUCUGUUUGCUUUGUUUUCAAGGGGUCAAGUAGCAGAUCCUCCUGUUGUGUAUUGCACUCUUUCUGACCGCAGUACUUUUCAGUUUGGUGGUAAUAGGGGCUCCUUUAUGUAACUAGUGUCACAUAAAUAUAAUCUUUGCCGGUUUAAAACCAUGCAAGUUUAGUGCUUGAUUAAUACUACACAACCCACAAUUCCUCACCAAUUCUGUUCCUUCAAUACCCAUAAUCUUCAAGCCUGGUUUUAAUAUGUUACACCUGUUUUGCUUUUUCAAAGAUUGUACUCUUUGUGCUUCAGUACUUGUUUUGUAUUUUUACACUGUACUUUCGCACUAACACAUGCAUAUAUGGAAAAUUUUUCUCUCUAUGAUUUUCCUUUUUAUCAGUUUUCCGUCCCACUGGCUUUUUGCCAGUUUUGUAUUGUUGCAACAACUCUAACGCUAACUCUACUUACUUGAACAAGUACCCGUUUUUCCCCAGUGUUUAAGAUUUGUGUUUGUGUAGCCUUUCUCUGCCACAUAGAGGAGAUUCCUAAUGAUAGAUUGUAGCUAAUCAGAGGGAAUAAAGACAAAGAGCCUUUGGUUUUAGGAAGUGGCCAAAGCAUUUCAAAUUAAUGAGGCUUUGAAAUUAUUGCCACUUGCACGAUAGGCACUGUUGAGUGUGGCCUAAUGACACUCCAGUGAGAUGGUACCUUUUGAAAAGCUUGACAUGACAUUGGUGCUGUCAGUUGGUUGUUUUUAAGCUAAGGGCACAGGUACAGCAUGAAGCAGACAUAUCCGCUUAGAUACAGGGAGGUGCCGAGCUGGAAGUGCUGGGUUCAGUUCCAUGCGUGCUGCGUGUGAAUGUUCAUAUCGCCAUCCCCCCCUCUAGCUGCCAUUUUUUCACUUUCACUCAUGUCGCUGCGUGAAUCUGCAAGUGUAUAUACAUACACAUGCACACGCAAUUUGUAUAUACGUGUACAUAUAUAUAUAUACAUAUACGGCACACCUUUUGCCCUGGUUGUUCGUUCUCCCCAUUGGAAUCUGCAGUGUGACAGAGCAGCCUAUCUCUGUACACAUAUCCUGUAUUAUACCUCUUUGUUAAACAAUCUGUACUGGACCCUCCUGUCACCUCUUCAUAUCGGUAGUGUAAGUACAUAGUGGAAAAAAAACUGUAAAAGCUUAAGAAUAAAUAUGAAUAUUGAUAGAGUGCUAUAGAAUGAAUGUAUGAAGUGAGUAUUGAUAUAUAAAUAUAUAUUAUUAUGGUCAUCAUUAUAGUUUUAAGGAGAACUGUUUAUCAUAUCUCUGUCUUUAUGGAGCUGUAUUUAAGAGCCUGAACAAUGUCCCUCUCUGCCAUCUCUUUUGUUCCAUGUGUCUUUUUCCAGUUGUCCAUCUUAUUAUCAGUUGCUGUGCAAAAUUGCAAAGACAGUUUGCUGGUUUCAAUUGCUCCUUCUCUCCACGUCUUGGUCUUCGUAGCGUUGGUUUUAUGCAGGGUAGACUUUGAAUCCCACCUUCUUUCAGGGCCUUUCCUAUCCAGUUUGGCUCCCAUUAGUGAAUUUCACAGGAGCCGGUUCUCAGUCAAAAGGACGCUACAAAAUAAUUGCUGCAUGUUUCCUUUGCCAAGCUGAAUCCCUCCUUCCACCCCCUUUAAACAUUAAAAUAAUUAAGGAUGAUGUAAAAAUCUCUCCUUUUCACUUAAAUCCACAUAUUGAGCCAACACAUUACUUUGAAGCCCUUUGAUUUAUGAAAUAAAGGCACAAUCUUGCACACGUGCAGCAAACAUUUGCUGUUAACAGGCAUCCAUGUUGACCUAUGCAAAGCCCCGUGCUAAAUACCCUUCACUACCGUAAUGAUUAGGGUUCGGCUUUUCUUUGGUUUUAAAAAUCUAUAUAUAUACACAUUUACAAAUGCAUAUAUACAUCUAAAUGUUUCAGGGGGCAAAUGUCCUUUUCCUGAAGGUCUCAGAGCUGGUUGGAAAUAACAUGUUCCUGUGCUUGAGUAAUGAUGUAUAAUUCAAUGUCUACCUUCUAUAUUUCUUAUGACGUCACAGGGUUAUGGAAUAAAAUGUUAACAUAUCAA